UUAAGGCCAUGUGUGAGUCAGUGAGGCCGAAGCUGCUUUGUAGUUGAGCCUUAAACUUAGCUAACAGUGCUAGCUAUAGGUGUCCACCUAUGCUUGUUUUCACUGUAAAGGAAUUAACACUGGAUAAGAGUCUGUCUUCUCCCAGCCAGGAUGCUCCUCAUUGCUUUGUUGUGCAACCUGUUGCUCACUGCCGUGGGCCAGCAGGAGGAAAGCAAGUGGGUCAACCCUUACGACAUGACCAUGUAUGAUGCUACGACCAAAAGGAUGAGAAAGCCUACUGAGACAGCAAGCUGUGACAAUCUGGGCACUGAAAGACAAGAGUACAAUCAGGACUCCAGCCAGACUGAGCCAUCGCCCUGCAACAAACAAGUGGAGGAGUUAGAGGGACAGAUUGAAGAUCAUAAGAAGACGAUCGAGCGCAUCUCACAGCAGCCAACAUGCAGCCCAGUGUUCAAGAGAUUUCUUAGCAGACUGUUGAAGGCAAUACAAAGAGCUGGUGUGCCCAGUGACUCCACAGAUUUCUUUUAUGAUGCCAAACUCAAAAUGUCCAAACAAGCCAUGGAGGAGAUCCAGGCACAUCUGGAGAGUGAAGACGGCUGUAGACCAGGCGCCCUGGACAAUGCCAUCAGUCAGAUACUUGUGGACGUUAAACCGCAUGAUUAUGGGGCCAGGAAGUGGCCAUUUGAAGACACCUUUGGGGUGGAGCUGCAUACAUUAUUGAAAAUCGUGUUAUUUAUCCUGGUUAUACUAGUCAUUAUCAUGCUCCAACUGCGGACAAAGAUCUCCUGGUUUGUGCUGUUCCAACAACUGUUUGCUGUCUGCUUAUUCGUCAGUGUUAUCUGGAACUGGUUUUACCUGUACAAGCUUGCCUUUGCUGAGCAUCAAAGUAAUAUAUUGAAGAUGGAGAAUUUCAAUGCAAAAUGCACUGGAGUGGAGAAAAUGGAUUGGAUUGACAGUUUGAAAGGUAUGCCACUGCCAGUGUUGAACAGACAUAGCAUUGGUAUUCUGUGA